AUGCCUCUGAAGACUUCCCUGUACUUAAAAUCGGCCACCAUGCGCUGGCCCCGCAAGCAGAAGCGCCGUGAGCUGCUGUCAGUCAACAUGAUCAGCCUACCACUGGGCGACUUCCGUCACCUCUCCCACAUCGGAUUGGAUGCCCACGGUGAUACCUUCGGCGACCUCACAGCCUUCCACCGGACUGGUAGUCUCAUCCUCCACAGCUCUCAAAGCCACCAGGACCUCUACUCCAAAGGGAUCGCCCCACCCCCACCCAAGCCCCCACGACUCCUCAGCCCAGAAGAGAUGGAUGCGCAGUCCGCCGAAACCAGAACCCUUCCCCAGGCUUUCAGGCACAAUAAGUGCCACUCCCUGCCUUUACUGGAUGAUGUGGAGCAUGAUGGGUUGUACCAACAAGAGGAAGUAAAGCAGGAAGAGGAGGGAGGGUUAACGAUGGGUCCGGAUGGAUUUGAAUUGAACGCGGCCCCCCAACAGGUUCCUUGUCCACCAGUGGAGGCCUCUCCAGUGAUCGAGGAAGACUCGUCUUUUGCCCUGAACCUUGAUCUGGGGCCAUCCAUACUAGAAGAUGUCCUGCAGGUGAUGGACCAGCUUUACCAGUGA